AUGGCGCACUCUUCCACCAAUACUGCAAUCCCCAAAGGCUCUUGGAUUUUAGUCACUGGCGUUAAUGGCUAUGUGGCCUCUCACACGGCGAGCCAACUCCUACGGCAAGGCUACCGAGUCCGUGGAACUGUCCGGAAUCCAUCCAAGAACCAAUGGGUCGAAGACCUGUUCCAUGAGAAAUACGGUGCCGACCGAUUUGAGUUGGUCAAGGUUGAGGACAUAACUGUGCCUGGUGCUUUCGACGGCGCAGUCAAAGCCACAGGGGUUUCUGGCGUGGCUCACGUCGCAACCAUCCUGGGCCACACACCCGACUUAAUCACGGGUGUUAUCAGUACCAAUCGGAACCUCCUUGUUAGUGCGGCGAGGGAAGAUACCAUAAAGCGAUUCGUAUACACCUCCUCAUCCGAGGCAGCAACCUUCUCAUCCUUCUUGGAGCACCCAGCGGGGCCAAGCAUGCCUAUAUCUGUGGAUACGUGGAAUGAAGAGGCUAUCCGGAGAAGCCAGACUAACACGAUGGGUCCGAAGGGAGGCUUCGACAUGUAUGCCGCCAGCAAGACGCGAGGCGAGCAGGAGAUAUGGAAGUGGGCUGAAGAGAAUCGUCCACGAUUCGUUAUAAAUACCGUCUUACCUUCCGUAUGCUUCGGGGCCUCCAUUGAUGCGAAAUCCCAGGGCCAUGCGUCAUCCUCUGCUUGGCCAGCAGCUAUCUUCCGUAACCAAUUUGAUCAAGUCUGGCCGUUCCUGAGGCACGUCAUACCUACAGGAGCCUACUGCGUUGAUGCGGAGGAUGUCGCACUUCUCCAUGUGGCGGGUCUCACACUCCCGGACGUGAAGAAUGAGCGAAUCUUCGCUUUUGGGAACCCUUUUACAUGGAACGAAGUCAUAUACAUCUUUCGAAAGGCUUUCCCCGAUCGUGACUUUCCAAGCGCACUACCAGGUGCAGACAAAAGGAUCCCUUAUGACAUCGGUCCGGAUGCCCGCGCCCAGGAUCUACUGAAGGAAAUGGGAAAGCCUGGAUGGUCUACCUUGGAGGACACUUUGAUGACGAAUGUGUCAGACAUGCUGUAG